AGUUGGCCGCAGUUCCACCUCCACACCGCCAGGGGGCGACAGAGCGACUCAGACUCAACCAGAGAGUAAGUCUGUGUUUACAUGUAGCCAAGCUAGCUUUAGCUUCAGAGUCUCUCAGGCGGUACAGGUGUUGGUGUAGAGAGGUCACAGGUGAGCCGGUACAGCCUUCAUCAUGGUCAAACAGCGGCAGAGAACAGACAGGUGUCUCGUGCCCUCUGUUCGAUUCCCUGUGGACCCCGUACGGAGGAGACAGCCUCCACAGGUUUCAGGCAAAACGUCAGCUGGUUCAGAGACAGGAAGCUCUGAAAGUGGGCCGUGCUGUGCAGAAGAUGUAAGAGGGACCAGAGACCCGGGACCAGAGGGAGGUUCAGGAGAGACGGAGACAAAGAGGGCGAGACUGAGCGGACCUGAGGAGGCUGAAACCAACCAAGAGAAAGUCCUGAAGUCAUACGGUGCAUCGGGCAGUGAGAGCGGCUCCACUCAAGACGGCGUCACAGCCAGACCUGCUCCUCCAGAUCAGCAGGGGUCAGCAGAGCUCAGUGAGGACAGCAGAGCAGCCGAGCUGCAGAGUGUGGCGUCUCUGAAGGUGACCAUCCAGCAGAGCAGUGAGAGCAGAGAGUUCGGACAGACGGACCGGACGGCCGACAGACAGACGGGUGGACUCCACUGUCACGUGUGUAACCUCAGCUGUCGCUCCGCUCAGGUUUUCCAGGAACACAUGACGGCACCUGAACACCUGAGGAGGAUGAAUGAGAUCACACAUUCAAUCUGUGUCAACACACACACGCUGCAGGACAGGGGGCGUCGGCCCGAUGCACAGCGCUGGUGCGACUCCUGUCAGACCCACUUCAGCGGUGAUGUCAUCAUCCACCGACAGACCAAACAACACAAGGUGUGUAAGCAGCUGUGUCGGCCCUUCUGUCCGGUGUGCAAACGCCACUUCAGGACGCCCAGGAAGUUCGUGGAGCACAUGAAGUCUGCAGAGCACAAACAGCAGGUGCAGCUGGAGGCGCCUCAGGAGGAGGAGCUUAUCAUUGUGGACGCUGUCGGCUGCUUCGGGGAAGAGGGGGAGGAGGAGGACGAAGAGGAAGAGGAGGACGAUGAGGAAGAGGAGGACGAUGAGGAAGAGGAAGAAAUGGAGGAAGAAAUGGAAGAAGUAGAUGUCGCUGAUGUAGACGAAGAAGAAGAUGGAGAAGAAGAUGGUGUGGGAAAAGAAGAAAUAAAUGAGGAAGUGUUGAAGGCUGCAGACACACUGGAAACGGACACAGAAGAAUAUGACCCCCACACCACAUAUGGAGGCAGCUUUGUGGUUCCUGUUUCUGGCUUCCUGUGUCGCCUCUGUAACAAGUUCUUCUACAGCGAGACGACAGCACGACACACACACUGCAGGACACACACACACUACCUCAACCUGAAGGUAACACACACCCCUGAUUCUAAUCCUUCUUCUAGCCCGUACUCUAUGUUCUAUUUUAAACAAAGACCCAACAUCAAGACCGGAUCAGAUCCAGUCCCAUCUUACAGA